UUGUGUUUGUGUUGCAUCCGCGGACAUGUGUAUGUAUGUGUGCCAGGGCAAAUCUGCUGAAGCUCUCUUCUUAAGUCUCAUGGUACCCACUCCCCCUCGUAGACACCUUCGGUGCUGUUGGUUACUCGCGCGCCAGUUGAGUCGCGAAUAUGUCAACGACGGUGCGUCCAUCCGAAGUCAAUAAUGGAAUUACGACAAGUUGGCUACCUCUCACAACACCGGGCGUCUCUGCUCCACCCGAGUGUUCGUCGGAGAUCUAUCGGGUACCUGGUGGGCAGGAUAUCGUAGCUUUCGACCCGUUCUAUGCAAAGAAUAUCCCGAAUGCCCUGCAGUGCUUGCCGCUGGAGGUGUCCAAAUCAUGGGAACAGACAGGUGUCACGACGGUUACGAGUCUAGGCGGGUUCAACUGUCCUUCGCUAUAUACCAAAGCAGCUACAGCUAGUCUGAAUAAGAUCAGUGCUAUUGUAGCCUGCUGCCCCUCGUGAGUGUAUAGCUUUCACCACCCCAAGACCUCGCUAAUUCCAAAGCCUGUAUAAUUACCGUUCUGAUAACAAAUGCAUAUUUAAGGUUCCAGCGGGACAAACAGUUGUGGUGAAGAAUAUGUCGGGAAAUAACGUAGUACGACAGGAAAAUACAAAUGGGGGAGCGAUAACCGUCACCGGAUUCCUGAUCUCUGGAUAUUCGUUUGCAGAUGAUCCUGCACGAAUUACUACAACCAUCACUCCCAUACCAGUACCGGCAAUCCCAACCUCAAAUCCAGAAGUAUCUGCUCUUGCAAGCAUCAAUUCCAUACCAACCAACUCUUUGCCAGGAAGCGUGCCCCAGAUCCCGAGCGCACUUGCAAUAAGCACAGCAACACCUCCAACCCCCUCAGCCACAUCCACAACUUCCUCUUCAGGACUCUCUGUCGGCGCCAAAGCCGGAAUAACAAUAAGCGUCGUCCUAACAGUAAUAAUCAUCAUCGUUCUCCUAGCAAGUCUACACAUCAAGCGACGACGACGAACCCAUCCUUUAUACCGGGACUCCCACCACCCGGAGACCGGCAUCCUAGAAAUAUCACGAGAACCACGAUCCAUAAAGAAUAAUGUCGCCUCGAAAACCAAACACCAAAGUUUCACCCCUUUAUCCCCAACAACACAAUACCCCGGCAGCGAUGGUCUGCAAACCGUCCUCUCACCCGAAAUCCACGAACAGCGAGCGCGAGAAAUGCGCACAAGAGCGCAGACGGAAAAGCAUCCUGGGAAAAGGAUCCAUGUAAAUAGCGUGAAUAGCAUCGGUCCACAUGAAAUGGACACGCACGCGACAGUGAAAUUCGAGAUGGAUGCUGGGAGCGUCAAGAGACCCGAUAACACGAAAGCAAGUACCAAACCCCAAACCCACACGAGGUCAAAAACACCAUCUUCUUCUUCCUCGCCUACCAUACCAACAUCAACAUUUACAACCUCCCCUACACCACACUCUCAUUCCCACUCCCAAACAACCUCCGCGAACACCCUCCGCUCCGCCCCCCUCUCCCCAGUAUCUCGGACCAAAAGCCCCGAUCUGAUAUACCAAAACCCACGAGAACUACACACACCCGUCUCCUCGUUCGGACGGAAUACACCUACGAUUCCCAACCGGACGGUGAGUCGCAACACGAGUUUGAACGAGGAGCUGCGCAAUGCGAGGAGUGGGAGUGUAGGAGAUAGGCGGGUUGGACGGAGGACACCUGAUGUUUUGGGUCGGGAUGGGUAUGGAAGAGAAAGAGAUGGGAGAGAGAGAGAUGUAAGAUUGAAGGCGGGAGGGUGGAUUAGUCCAGUUAGUACCGCUGAGAGGAGCUUUUUGGAUUUAAGUGAUCUUGAUGAUUAG